CAUCCGAAGGUUAGUAUUACAAGUGCCGGUCGUCAACGCGAUGGUUUUAUCGAUCAGUGCUGCGCCCAUGUCUGUCUCGAGAUCAUACACUUUAUUGGAUAAUAAACUAAAUUGAAGUAUUAUAAAAAUUAUAACAAAAUGGAUCCAAACAAACAAGCGUUGUUGGUGUUGCUGGUAGCAGCACUAAGUUUUGAAGGGGCGCACUGCAUCAAGUGCUUCGACUGCACCAGCGUGAACAACUCCAUGUGCCUGGACCCCACGGUGUAUGACGCGGAGACGCUGCAGAAGUACCUGCCGUCCGUGGAGUGCCACGCCGGCCUGUUCACCGCGGCCACGCAUGAGGACUUCUUCUGCAGGAAGAUCGUGCAAGCUGUCCUCCACAAGAACCACGACUCGGAAGUCCGUGUGACCCGCGGCUGCGGCUACGUGCGGCACCGCAAGGACUGCUACAAGGCAGACAACGAGGAUCACCUCGAGACCGUGUGCCAGUGCUUCAAGGACGACUGCAACGGCGCCGCAACGUUGCGCAACGUUGGCGUUGCCGCGACGGUUUUGACAGCCGCCGCCGUUUUAGGGUUAAGCUUUAAAUUAUAGGUUA